AAAUCGACUUAGUAUAACUUGUUAUUUCCCAUAUGAGACAAAUUCAACAAAAUUGGAUUGUGACGUCAUUGAGAUGGAAGACAAAUCACUUCCGAAAAACGAAAAUAAAAGUGAAAACGAUGGUUCGAAUUACAACGAGGAUGUCGCUGAUGUAGAUGAACUUGACGGCAAUUUUGCCAACGUUGAUAAUUUCUUUAAAACCGGGUUUGUUUAUACAACAGCAGAACAAGUUCGAAAACAUGUAUUUGAAUCUGAAACUGUCGGUUGGUCUUGGAGUGUGUAUAAUUCAGGAUUCUAUCACACAGCAAUAGUUAUUCAUUUAGAUGGAAAACCGAGAUAUUCUGCGAACUGGGGACCAGUGAGCGAGACAAAAUUAUGGGAAAUGAGAGGGCAUGUAAAAGGCGAAGUGACCAUUGGAAUUGAAAACGAUGGCACUGAAACAAAGGAAGACGGAAAUAAAGUUCAUGAAACUUCCGCAAAGAAAUUGGAAAAGGUCACAUACAAACCGAUUGUCGGGUCUAUCAACGUGGAUCAAAAUUCACAAACGAAAAUAGAUAAUAUGUUGGAUUUGCUUUUGAAUUAUGAUCAAGAAUUUUAUCAUCUUGUUGACUGCAAUUGUCGUGAUCAUGUUUUAGAUAUUCUAAUGAAAGUUGUCGGUAAUGAAACCGAGAUUUUACCGAUAAAAAACGAUAUUGAAAGUGUUAAACUCUCAGCAGAAAAAUUCUGGGAGAAAAGACGAAUUAUUAAUCGAAAUGAUAGAGAUUGAAUUGUCAACAAUGAUUCUCGAAUAAUCAAAAACAUAAGAACGGAUUUCAAUAUUUAUCCUCUCAUCCAAAUACUUCCUAGCAAAGCUGUAUAUAUAAAUAUCCUUCCGCUACUAAUUUUGGCUCCGGUCAAUCAACUUUGAGAAGCACUGAGCUAUAGUAACUAUCUAUUACUGCAAUUAUAUUUUUUUUUAUUUCGUUUUAUUUAUUCUUCCAUUGUCUCACAAGUUUAUUAUUUAUAUGUGUUUGCACAAUAUUACUAA